AUGUACGUCUCCUCAUCACACCGAGCCCGAGAUGAGGAAGCUCUGUACAUUCUUCAACGUCUGCGUGGUACUUCUGGUGAAGAUGCCGGCAAGGCUGAGCACGAACUCGCACAAAUCAGAAACGUUGUCGAUCUGGAAAAGAGAACUUCUCAUGGCACCACAUACUUCCACAUGCUUUUUGGAAUUGGCUCUGGGAAACUGCACACUGCCAGGCGUGUACAGCUCUGUAUCUGGCUCCAGAUUUUGCAGUGCUGGUCUGGUAUUGCUGGCAUCACCAUGUUCGGCCCUGUGAUUUUUGGUAUCGCUGGAUACACAAACUCGAAAGCUCAGUGGAUUUCUGGUCUCAAUAACAUCUUCUACAUGUUUUCUACGCUUAUUUGUGUCUACACCCUUGACCGCAUCGGACGUCGCUGGACUCUUUACUGGGGCUCCGUUGGUCAGUGUAUUGCCAUGUUUCUCACUGGUGCUUUUUGUCGCCUUGGACUUGACGCAACUUCCCAAUCUGAAACUGGAGCUGCUGCUAGAUUUGGUGCAGCUGCUGCCUCCAUGGUUUUCCUAUACACAUUCAUCUUUGGUGCCACUUGGCUGACAGUACCGUGGUUGUACCCCGCUGAGAUCUUCCCACUACAAGUUCGCGCCAAAGGUAAUGCAUGGGGAGUUGUUGGCUGGAGUAUUGGCAAUGGAACUCUUACGCUGGUGUUGCCUUACAUUGUGGGCGCUGUCAAUGAGAAGACACUUUACGUGUUUGGAGCUGUCAAUAUUAUUGCGAUCCCAAUUGUUUGGGCACUUUAUCCCGAAUCUAACCAGCGUACUCUCGAAGAGAUGGACAUGUUAUUCGCUUCUGACUCAAUUUGGAACUGGGAGGCUGAGAAAACAUUCAAAAUGCUUAAGGAGCAAAACCCUGACGGAGUUGCUCUCAGCGAAGAGGAGGUGGACUCCAAAGUCUUUUCCAACGUCGUGGAGCAUGUUUGAGAAGAAGGCCGUACGCCUGAUUAGCGACUGCUAAAAAGUGUUCCAUGGCCAACGAGAGAACUGAUCUGCGAUGAUAUCUUAACUUCUC